UUAUUUAUUUUGUUGAAGCAAACACGGCCUUGUUGGAGUUGUGAGCAAGAAACCGGAGCGUUGAUUUUCUUCUGUUUUUCGAUCGUCUUCACGAGGUUUAGUUUUCUGAGCUAUAUACAAUCAAAUUCGUAAACCUUGAGGUUUAAGUAUCGAAAAUUAUUAACCGGCCAAACAAAUUUCCUUCGCCGAUAAGAAGUAAAUUGUCGGAACCGCUUUGUGUCUCUUUCCCUGUUUUUUAAGGAGAGAUUGUCUGCAAUCAGAGGAAGAAUGACAAAGAGUUACUUCAAACAAGAGCAUGAUCUUGAGAAGAGAAGAGCCGAGGCUGCUAGGAUUAGGGAGAAAUACCCAGACCGUAUCCCGGUGAUUGUGGAGAAGGCAGAAAGAAGUGAUAUCCCAAGUAUUGACAAGAAGAAGUACCUUGUCCCUGCUGAUCUGACAGUUGGACAGUUCGUCUAUGUUAUCCGCAAAAGGAUUAAAUUAAGCGCAGAAAAGGCAAUCUUUAUCUUUGUGGACAACGUCCUUCCACCGACAGGAGCAAUUAUGUCUGCCAUAUAUGAUGAGAAGAAGGAUGAGGAUGGGUUUCUUUAUGUUACUUACAGUGGAGAGAACACCUUUGGGGAUCUGACUUCCCACUAGCAUUAUUUUAAAGAUUGGCACUAUAAUCUGAUUGCAUUCUCAUUGGCUAGUCUCAUAAAUUUGUAUCAAUACUCGAUAUCAAAGUACAUUGCUCUCAAUAUAAUGUACAGUUUGUAUAUAAACUUUAAGAAGAACCUGUUUAAUGUUAAAAAAGUUUCUUCCUUUUCUGCCUUGCAA